AAAUAUCGAGAAAAAAGGAGGACCAGUGAGAUCUUCCAAGUUCCAAGGAGUCUCAAUCUUUGGUUAACAAUCACAAACCAGAAACUUCAUUUCGAGAGAAAGAUGGUUUACGGUGGUGCUUUGUCACGUUUUUCUUUCGGCUUAGCCACCUUCCUCCUCUUCACAUUCGUUCUCAGCAAGGAAAAAUGCAGCAAAACCUGCAUUGCAAAGAACUGCAACAUUGUCGGCGUUCGCUACGGAAAGUACUGUGGGAUAGGAUACUUUGGAUGCCCUGGAGAGAAACCUUGUGAUGGCCUCGAUGCUUGUUGCAUGACCCAUGAUAAUUGUGUUGAUUUAAAAGGUAUGACUUACGUUAACUGCCAUAAGCAAUUCCAGCAUUGCGUUAACAGACUGAGCAGAGCAAUAAAACAAUCUAAUGGCACAAAGGUUGGCUUUUCAACCAAAUGUCCUUACUCAAAGGUGAUACCAACCGUGUACAAUGGCAUGAAUUAUGGAAUUUUCUUCAGUAAGAUAGGUAACAUUUUUAAACCUAAAGUGCCAGGAAAGGCCCCCAGGGUGGAGGUUAAUCUUGCUCGGAGUAAAGCGGACACAAAGGAUGGCCUUGGAACAAAAGUUGCCAUUCAGAGAAAAGAAGGGUCUAAAGUUACUGCCUCUUUAAACCAAAGAUGAGCUCUUCUACUUAUCGAUCAUCUUAUACAAUGACUCAUAAAUCAACUCUCAAUUUUGUAAACUCGUUUACAUGAGACAAUUAUAAAAUAAAAAGGCUGAAGUUUUAAAGUCAAAAUCAGUUAACAAUUAAUGGAUUG